CCGGAAUGUGUAGUGUGAGGAGCUGUUAUUACAGUAGCAGGUGCUGAGGCUUUGCUGCUGGGUGGAAGAAUAUUGGCCAUCACAACUAAUGAGGCUGAAUGAAACUGGACUGCCCUGUCAGAGAUGAGACGGCUCGAUGAGUGCUUCAGCCAGGAUGACUGUGUGUGUUGUUAUAUUAUUACUAUGAUUCACGUGCACACGGUCAGGAGUACUGUUCGUGGAGUGUGAUAGGGUUCACCAUGUCUGAAGACGUGACUAAUUGCACCAUCAAUAACGACAUUCACCAGUACCUCUUCUCCACUGUUUAUAUCCUCGUACUGUUGGUCGGUGUUCCCUCCAACCUGUACUCUCUCUACCAUGCUGCUCUACAGCUGAAGCAGAAAAAUGAGCUGGGAGUUUAUUUAAUUAACCUCACUGUGUCUGACCUGUUAUAUCUGGCAUCAUUACCCUUGUGGCUCCAGUACUUCUUUCAGGAUGAUGACUGGCGUCAUCGAGAAUGGCUUUGUAAGCUGUGCGGUUUCCUGCUCUAUGAGAACAUCUAUAUCAGCAUUGGCUUUCUGUGCUGUAUCAGUCUGGAUCGCUACUUAGCUGUGGUGCAUCCUUUGAGGUUCACCUCUCUCCGCUCUAUGAGGGCAGCGUGGAUCGUUAGCACUAUCAUCUGGCUAAAGGAGCUGGCAGUAGGUGUGGUUUUCUUCCACCAUAAAGAGCUGAGCAGAAACCGCGAUAAUCAUUCCGUGUGCUUCGAGCACUACCCCAUGCAGUCGUGGGAGUAUCCAAUCAACUACUACCGCUUCACCAUUGGCUUCAUGUUCCCAUUGGCCAUUCUAUUGAUCAGUUACCUGUGUGUCCUUCGUGCUGUGGGUCGGAGCGCUGGAACACAACCCGAUCAGAAGAUGAGGAUCAGGCAGUUAGUCAGCAGCACCAUCCUCAUUUUCCUCGUCUGCUUCUCGCCCUACCACAUAUUCUUGUUAGUACGCACACUGCUGGAGCGGGACUGCCACUUUAUUGCAGCAAUAUUCAACUACUAUCACCUGUCACUGUUGCUGACCACGCUGAACUGUGUGGCCGACCCAGCUCUCUACUGCUUUGUCAGUGAGAGUGCCCGUCGUGGUUUGUACAGAGCAUUAAUCCGACCUGCUUCCAGAAUAUUCUGCUGCUGCUGUCGCCGCGGCAACACCAGUCCCACCAACCCGACCACCGAUUCCCACGAGGUCGCCACGGACGAGAACAACGGCCGACCAACUGUGACGUUGCUCACACACAGCACCACGCUCAACAACGCAAAAGCAGAUUCUGCCGGCAAGAACACAAUUUUAAUUACACAGAGUGACGAAAAAAAUGUCAUACCAUUGAUUGUACAAAAUAACGGCCACUCUAACAAAUGCAUGGACAUGGAUGGAACGCCUGGCUGUGUAAUAAACAUGAAGGAGCAGAUCCAAAAGAUGGAGAUGACUGAGGAAACUGAACAAGACCACCAGCUAAAAUGAUCAGGACUAAUCAGGGACCCUGCUGGCGGAGGCCUCAGGGCUUAGGAGAACAAGGACAGAUUCCUACAUUAUUAAAAAGUGAACCACAACUACCACAACUUACUUGUCUGUAAGGCUCAGUGUGGCAGUAAUAAGAGAGUACAGCCCACACAGCUGUGUUUACAUCAUUAUUGUUGAAGUGAAAAUGUUUUCUUUCUGUGCUUGUUCUCUUGACACAAUUGUUGUGUGUUUGUCCCGUUUUCAUUUCUAUGUGUUGUGUGCUUAGCAGAAAAUUGGUUGAAAUUCUUACCUCACAGCAACCACGUUCUGGUUUAAUAUUGGUCGGCUGAGACGUCACUGUAUGCAGUAGCAUGUUCUCUCUGUGUUUGGUUUUCUCCAGAUCAUCAUGUUUACUGGUGAUUCUAAAGUUCCCAUGGGUGUGAAUGUGAGAGUGAAUGUUUCUGUGUUAGCCUGGUGAUGUGUAAAGAUUUAGCACACCUCCAUCCCCUCGACAGCAUAAAGUGAGUAAAGAUGAUGAUAACCUGGUUGCCAGCAGUUACCAGUGUUCUUACGUUUCCGUUAAAAGAUGCAGUUUUUGCUGUACACAAAGAAACUGUAUAUAUGAGGCACAACCAAGUGGCAACCUUGUGGACUGAAAAAUGAAGCCACUGUGGAAGCCAAAAACUGCAGUUCCUCAAAUGGCCACUUGAGGCUCUUGAGGGAAGUGAAUUCACACCAACAGAUCUUUGUGUGAAAAUGUCCAAACUUUCCAGCAGAAAUAAACACAUCACAGACUGGUACGCAAACAGUUUUGGUCUCUAUAGCUGAUUUCUCCAUUUAUGAUGAUUAAAUAAUGAAGUUAUUUACAUGAAUAAGGCCAUGGCUGCUUUGAGUGACAGGCAGGUGGUCUCACAUCUAUGUUUCUAGGAAUUUGACAAAGGCAGCCUUACACUGAGUUUCAAAACUGCUCUUGAGUAAACCUAUGGGUAGCAUCACGAGGUCAAGCCUAAGACAAUAACUUCCUCCUGGGAGAUAAAGCAACAACUAGUCAGCAUGAGAACAAACCUACCAAAAUUAAAAAAUGGUGCUGAUAUCACCUUAUUUGCAUUAUGAACUGUCUCACUACAUGAACACAUUCUAAAUUAGGAGGGUUGAAUAUUUAUAAUGUAGUAGUAAAUUAGCUGGAUUGGCUGAUGUUUGAUAUGUGGUGCGACAAAAUGUGCUACAUUUUUGGGUGACGUGCAUUAUUAACUUUCAAGUCACAAUCUAAAUUAUAGAAAAGACUGUCCAUAAAACAAUUCAUUGCGUGCCAGAAAUAUACCAAGCACCAGCCUUUUCCUUAUAUAAAAUAACAUCCUUCAACAAGUCUUUACUGUUGACCUGAUUUGACUUUAAAACAAGGCCAUUGUGGUUGUUGCUAAACAGCUGACAACACACUGACAAACUGUUUUGUAUCGUCAGAGCACGUAUCACCACUCAUUUCCUUGUCAUUUGACCUAACUGUUCAACCCCUUAAGAUUUUGUAACAUUAACCCCGACUUCACCUUUGAAAAACAAUUUAAAUGACUUAUAGUGGUUUUACAAAGUGUUACUGAUUAUUUUGAACUAUUUAACAUGUGUGCUGGCCAUUUUAAAAAGACACAAUUUUGUAUGUAAGUGGCUUUGACUGACUUUGAUAUUUUUUAAUGCCGUUAUCAAUGAAUGCAGAAUUUCAAUUUUAAAAGGACAGUCUGUGGCUCUGCCUGCUACGUCAUAGAAAUCGAGGCAAAUCAUCUCCAGUGUCUACAUGUUGUUAUUUGCAUGCCUGAGAAUGGCACUAAACUGUAUUAUGAAUGUAAAAAUUUGAUAUAGUUAAGAGACUGAAUGUCAGCUUAUCACUGAAUGACAUUCGGCUUAAAAUAUAUACUCAUACAGAUCUAUGACUUUUAAAAAAAGGUUUGUAUGAAAGCGUCAGAAGCACAUGGUGGUGAUUUUCUGUGAAUCGUUAAGUGCAGUUGCUUUAAUUAUACUAAAAACACUAAAUUAUGGUCACAAUCUUUGGUGUUAUGGAACAUGGGCCAAACUUUAUAGUGGAAGACUGAACUGAAACACAUUGUGGUCACUUGUUAUGGAACUUUAACAUCAUGAUCAAAUGUUCAAUGAUAUAUCUUUAUGGUGAUGAAUGUCGUAUAGAAUAUUUUUUAUAAAGCUUUAAAACUGUAUCACAAAA